CAGCCCAGGUAACGCAGCGUCGAAGAAGUAGGCGACUGCGGAUAUUACGGCAAUCUCUUUUUAACUGACCAAAUAAACAAAAUUGUAUAUACUAGUGUACUAAUUUCGGGAUGUGUUACAUGUGUUCUUUUUGUCUUUGAGUCUAUGGGCAAAAAGUUGCAUUAAUACUUCGCCAUUUGUUUCGGAGGGAGCAGUCGUUGCCACGAAUAGUGUCUGAGGACUAGCCAGCUAAGUUGUUUGUUUUACCUCUAGCUAGCGAAAAGACGGGUUGAAAUAUGGCGUGAAGCGGAGGCUGACUUUUACUAAUUCAACAUUGGGUUAGAAGGGUCAACACAGGUAAUCAAGUCAGAUCAAUUGAGGGUCAGGGGUUCCGUUCGGCCGGAACCUCCAAGCGCGCGUCGUCAUGGCUUGGGCCCUGAAACUGCCGCUGGCGGAUGAGGUGAUCGAGUCAGGUCUGGUGCAGGACUUCGACGCGAGUCUCUCUGGCAUCGGUCAGGAACUGGGAGCCGGGGCUUACAGCAUGAGUGAUGUGCUGGCCCUUCCCAUCUUCAAACAGGAGGAAUCUAACCUUCCACCAGACACAGAGAAUAAGAUCCUGCCCUUCCAAUAUGUUUUAUGUGCCGCCACCUCGCCUGCUGUCAAACUCCACGACGAGACGCUCACCUACCUCAACCAAGGACAGUCUUACGAAAUUCGAAUGCUGGACAAUCGGAAAAUGGGGGAGCUCCCGGAAAUUACGGGGAAAAUGGUGAAGAGCAUCAUCCGGGUGGUCUUCCAUGACCGGCGUCUACAGUACACAGAGCACCAGCAGCUGGAGGGCUGGCGCUGGAACAGGCCUGGCGACCGCAUCCUUGACCUGGACAUCCCGAUGUCGGUGGGUAUCGUGGAUCCCCGAGCCAACCCCACACAGCUAAACACAGUCGAGUUUUUGUGGGACCCGUCGAAACGGACUUCGGUCUUCAUUCAGGUUCACUGCAUCAGCACAGAGUUCACCAUGCGCAAGCACGGGGGCGAGAAGGGCGUGCCGUUUCGCAUCCAGAUCGACACCUUCAAAGAGAACGAGAGCGGAGACUACACCGAGCACCUACACUCGGCCAGCUGUCAGGUCAAAGUCUUUAAGCCCAAGGGGGCAGACAGGAAGCAGAAGACAGACCGGGAGAAGAUGGAGAAGAGGGCUCCGCAGGAGAAAGAGAAGUACCAGCCCUCGUACGAGACCACCAUUCUCACAGAGUGCUCCCCGUGGCCAGAGGCUACCUAUGUAAACAACUCUCCAUCACCUGGAUUCAACAGCACCCACAACAGUUUCACAGUAGCUGAAGGAAAUGGAUCACCAAAUCACCAGCCAGAGCCACCAGCACAGAUUGCAGAGGAAAUCAAUGAGGAUGCCGUACAAACCUUUAGUGAUUCGUUGCCAUACCAUCUACUUAGAAGAGACAGUGAGAACCAGCAGAAUCUGUUGCCCACAGCAACGCCACAGGAGGCCCAGCAGUGGCUCCAUCGAAACCGCUUCUCGCCCUUCUGUCGUCUGUUCACAAACUUCUCAGGGGCAGACCUGCUGAAAUUGACCAGGGAAGACGUCAUUCAAAUCUGUGGCCCUGCCGACGGCAUUCGACUCUUCAAUGCACUGAAAGGACGGGUGGUACGUCCGAGGCUGACCGUGUAUGUAUGCCAGGAAUCCCAGCAGGCCCGGGAACAGCAACAGAAGCACGAGAACGGAGACGGCAGCAGCAGCACCUUCUUUGUGUACCAUGCCAUUUACCUGGAAGAACUGACUGCCAAUGAGCUCACUGAGAAGAUCGCCCAGCUCUUUAGCAUCUCUCCUAGGCAGAUCAAUCAGAUCUUUAAACAAGGACCCACUGGUAUCCAUGUGCUGGUCAGUGAUGAGAUGAUUCAGAACUUCCAGGAUGAGAUGUGUUUUGUUCUGGACACAAUGAAAGCCGAGACAAACGAUGGGUACCACAUCAUCCUGAAGUGAAAAAGCCGACAGUUGGAUUGGUGGCGGGGUGGUUUGGUUUGGUUUGGGUGGGGUGGGGGUGGGGACUCACACAACAGUCCUGCCCUCCCCCCCCCCCCCCCUCCCUCCCUCCCUGUCUCGUCUUAGACUUUUGUCUCAACCACACCCCCCACACACAAAAGCCCACCCCAGAACCCUCGCCCUCCAGUGCCCAAUGGAUUGGGUUGAAGACUCCAUCGUUUCACCCUGAACGCGUGUGAGGAGGUGCGGCCUCAGUGAAAGACACUGGUGUGGGGAAAGAAGAAGUGGCAUCUAACCCUCGCUCACCUUACUGUCUUAUUCAACCCCCCUCCCCGCCCCCCUCCCCCUCCACCAUCUAUGCCCUCUGCCAUCCACUCCUUUUCUUUUGUAUUCAGUAUCUUCCUGCUUUGUCGCUUAUGCUUCUUAAAGAAAGUAAGAUAUGAAAAAUGGAAGGGAAAAAAAAAGCUUUUUUUGUUUUGUUUUGUAUGUAUGUGUCCCGCAUUAGUUGAGUGUGUUGAGUGCCAAAAUGUGAGACUACAGAUGUUGUGCGAAAGCCCCCCCCCCCCCCCCCAUACACUGCUUGUCCUCUGAUCUGAAAGGUAAAACAAACAAAACCAAAAGCUUAACACAUAACCACAUAAGGCCCCUUUGUUCUGCCUUUUAAUAUCUUUUUUAUUCCUGGAUCCCGAUAUGCAAAUUUCACAUGCAUUAUAAUUACUCUGAUGUAGCCUGCUGGAUAUCUGACGUGCAGAGCUCGACGCUUAAUCUGCUGAGGAGACAUGGCUACAGGAAGUGAUGUCAGAGGAAGGCAUACCGCAUGACAUUUCAAGCUUCAGUGAUGUGUUCAAUGUCUUUGUGACUCAUCUGUCACAGUAGAGCUCACUGAUUUAAUGAUGAAAUUCCAUGCUGAUACAAGAGUUAAUGAAUUAGGAGUACUGCGUCCCUAUCAUGGUUGUCUGUUUAUUGUGUACUAUGCCUGGAUUUGAUUAAGUAGGAGUUGUGCCAUGAGCAGUCUAUUUUUGAAAAAGUUUUUUUUUUAAGUCCCUCUAAAAUAUUACCCUUUAAUAUCAAUUAACAUCUGUCCCUCUGUCAUUGUUUCGUAGUUAAAGCUCUGAUCAGCAAAACUUGUGAUAAGAAGGUGCCUUGCCUUUUUUUGUUUUUGUUUUUUUUGUUUAAAAGUCUCUUGACUGAAGGUUAAUGGACACUUUUGAUGGUCUUGACUGAAGGGAUAGCCUGCAUCUCUGCCUCAGUUUUGAAGGUCUUGACUGAAGGGAUAGCCUGCAUCUCUGCCUCAGCAGCGUCUUGCGUUGGCACAGCUUUGUUUAGCACUUGUCCUCUUGAGUCGUAAUGUAUUUCAACAUGCAGGAACGAAUGCACACAUAUGAGGAUUGGACACUCUUGAGUCCUCACCCCUGGACUAAAGACCUAGAAGUCUACAUUAAUAAGACUGCAUGUCAUUUGUAAACCCGAGGGAUGAUCUUAUAAAUGCGUCGUCUGAUGGUCACUCCUUAACUCGUUUUUGUUUUUGUUUUAGUUCUGUCGCUCUGUCACAGCAUUAUUCCUCUCUGUAGCUGACAGGUUUUUAAGAGGCGCCAAACUCUACAAAUAGGGAAUCCUUCUGAGAAAAACAACAACAACAACAUACAAACAACUAAAUGUUUCGAUAUGCGUAGGCCUGUGUAUAACCCCAGUUUCUUUCGUCUAUCUUUUUUUUAAAAACAGAAUUGUGUUUACUAUCAGUGUAAUACUUUUGUUUUAUCAUUGGAUAUUACCACUUCCAGACUCUAAUCCAUCUAGAGGGUUGUUGUUGGUGGCGGUGGUUGAUGCGCUGAAACUGCAUGAGGAAAGCUAGCGGUGGUUGUCAUUUCUGAUCAGUUGUGCUAGAUGCGUCAAAUGUGGAUGCUGGGACACACAUUGAUGUUGUCUAUCUUUGCCCCCUUUACCCAUGUCAUCACGAUGAUUAAACUACUUACCCAUCAA